CCGGCUCCCGCAUCCUGGCGCGGCUGCGCGCCGACUCGAGCAGCCCGAGUCAGAGCGAGUCGCAGUCGGAGCCCGCUCCUGGCGGCCAGGCGGCCCGCCAUUCCAGCAAUGGCUCCAGCAGCCAGGAGGGCGAGGGACGGCGUCGCAGUUCGCGCCGUUCGCGCGCUCGCGCCCCCGACUUCAGGCGUCUACUGGAGGCCGAUCCAGAUGACCCGGACCAGGCGUCUGAGGUCCCUCUCGCGUCCGAGGACAGCGCGUCCGACGGCGACUGGACGCCCAACAAGGCUGCGCCGGAGGACGCGGCCAGCUCGGGCGAGGAGGAGGCGUCCGGUCCGGCGACGGAGCGGACCGCCCACUCGGACAAGGGUCGAGGUCAGGUUACAAAGUACAAGUUGCCCGAGGCCGUGGCGGCGGCAGUGCACACGCCCAAGGCGCCGGUCCAGGGCACCAACUCCAGUCUCAAGGUUGGUGACUUCCUAAUCAGCAUGGAGGACGCCAACCUAGACCGGCCGCCCAUCUGGCGCAUUGACGGCAAGUUCCUCAUCCAGAAGUACGAGCCUAUAAAAGGCAAGGGCCAGCGCCUCUACAAGAACAUGGCCACGUACAUGAGCUGGUCGUCGAACGCGGACAAGUUCCGGCCGGUCACCGUGCGCUACCACCAGAUGGGGCGCAACGAGAUCAUUGUCGAGCUGAUGGAUAACCCGCACAGCGCCACUUUCAAUAUGUCCAAGAUGUUGUCGAUAGAAGAGACAAGCAAGCAUCUGGAGAGCUUCGAGAUCUACAUACAGACGCUGAUCUCACAGGCGCUUGACCCUAACUUCCUGCUGGAGAUCACAGAAGAGGGAGAUGAAUAUUUUAUGAAGAAUGUUAACAUUGUGAAAGGAAUCAGCGAAGCAAGAAAAAAGAAGAUAUUGGAGCUGAAAUCCUGGGAUGAGAAAACGCAGUCGGAUCUGGACACGCUGCCGGUGCUAGAGCUGGUGCUGCUGCGCAACGUGCCGCCGUCCGAGUGCGCCAUCUGCCACCAGAUGGCCAACGCCCGCCUGGUGCACAUGUACGGCCGGCCGUACGACCCCACCAGCCUGCAGCCUCUGGUCGAAGCGCCUGCCGCCGCCGCCACACGCUGCCAGUACAACAUGUGCAGCUUCUGCGCGGGCCUGGCUGACCUCUACCACAAGGUGGUCCACCAGACGUUCCAUCUGUACCUGCGCUGCUGCGAGAAGGUGGCCGCCCGUCGCAGGGAGGCGCCCGACGAAGACUCGACACACAUUCUCAACGACAUCCUGGCCGAGGAGUCCUGGCUAUCGAAGACGUUCAGUGACGUGCAGCUGGUGUGGGGAGACGUUGACCAGAUUUACACGGCCGCCAAGGAGGAGGAAGAGGAGGAAAAAAAUGAGGGUGGCGCUUCCUCCUCCGGCCGCUAGGCCUGGGAAUUGCCAUCACUGCCUCCCGUCCAGGCUAGGGCCCACGGGAGACCCCCUCAGGUCGGCCCACAGGCGGGCAAGGGGUGCGUGCCUUGGUGUGUCGCGUCGGCGGCGUUUGAUUGGUGGAGACUGGCGCUGUGCCGUCCGGUACUACACCCAGCUGCGGCUCUUUUGGGCGAUUUUGAAUCCACGUCCAGUGUGUGAAAUAUCAGCGGGCCGAUGUGCUCGGAAACUGCCAUUUUGUAAUUGUGGAGGCGCUGUGCCCUCAGGGCAGGUUUGCACCGUGAUGGUCAACUGCCCGCCCGCUCAAGACUGGUGAUCGUGCAUGACUGGCCAUCAUCGCGUGCAUCGGAACGCUUGCCGUUCGCUUUUGUGCUGAGAGCUUGUGGUCUUACGUCCCUAUUGUGUCGGUCGUGAUCCUGACGAUAUAUUAUUGCAAGUUA